GGGGAGUAGCGAGGAGAGCAGGAGGGAGAGUGCCUGCUUGGUCCCAGGACUCUGUUUACUUUCUCUGCUUUGCUGGGGAAGGCUGCCUAACUCGGCCGCGCAGCACGCAGGCCCACCAGGGGAAAUGCUCGUUCCAAGACUUUAACUUUUAAAAGCCCUUUGUUGCAAACGUUAGUGUGGACGAUGCUGUUGCAGGAUGCCUUUCCUUUUGGGUCUUAGACAGGAUAAGGAAACCUGUGUGGGCACCAACAAUCAGAGCUACAUCUGUGACACUGGACACUGCUGCGGACAGUCUCAGUGCUGCAACUACUACUACGAACUCUGGUGGUUCUGGCUGGUGUGGACCAUCAUCAUCAUCCUGAGCUGCUGCUGUGUCUGCCAUCACCGCCGAGCCAAGCACCGCCUUCAGGCCCAGCAGCGGCAACACGAAAUCAACCUGAUUGCCUACCGGGAAGCCCACAAUUACUCAGCGCUGCCAUUUUAUUUCAGGUUUUUGCCAAACUAUUUACUACCUCCUUAUGAGGAAGUGGUGAACCGACCUCCAACUCCUCCCCCACCAUACAGUGCCUUCCAGCUGCAGCAGCAGCAGCUGUCUGCUCAGUGCGGCCCUGCGGGCGGCAGCCCCCCAGGCGCCGAUCCCUCCAGGGGCUCCCAAGGGGUGCAGAGCAGCCCCUUGUCUGGGCCCAGCAGAAGCAGCACGAGACCCCCAAGCAUCAUCGCUGACCCUGAGCCCUCCAACACCGACAUGCCAGCCAACCCCGCAGCCACCAAAGCCCCGGGAAUGGAGCCCUCCGGCUCUGUGGCUGCCCUGGGGGAGUUGGCCCCUGGGGCCUUCCUGGACAAGGAUUCCGAAUGUAAGGAGGAGCUGCUGAAAGAUUACAGCUGCGAGGGCGCCCUCCCCGACGGCAAGGAUAAGACGCCCGGCAGACAUCGCCGCUUCACUGGUGACUCGGGCAUCGAGGUGUGUGUGUGCAACCGGGGCCACCAUGACGACGACCUCAAAGAGUUCAACACACUCAUUGACGACGCUCUGGAUGGGCCCCUGGACUUCUGUGACAGCUGCCACGUGCGGCCCCCUGGAGACGAGGAGGAAGGGCUCUGCCAGCCCUCUGAGGGGCAGACCUGCGACCCCGCGCAUCCCCACCUGCCACGGCCUCCCGCGUGCCUGCUGCUGAACACCAUCAAUGAGCAGGACUCCCCGAACUCGCAGAGCAGCAGCUCGCCCAGCUAGAGCAGGCCCUGCCUGUGUCCGAGGACUCGGCAAAGCAACCAGGGUAGGGGAGAACCACGAAAGAAGCAUUAAGUGACUUUCAGAGAAAGUGGUACAGCCACUUGGUUCCUUUUUUUUUCCCCCUUUCUUUCUUUUUCCCUCUUGGUUCCUGCAUUUUCCUACAUCUCCAGGUACAGUUUGGGAUGUGGAUGCCUCCCCCCCCACAUAAGCACAUUGUUGUGGAGGGCUGAAAAGUUGGUUCUGUGACUCAUUCCUCAUAUCCCACCCCUUCCUCCUUUUCAAGUCAUAUCUCACUACCUGUGGGUCGAAGAGAUGUGUGUUAAGAAGCCCCCGAGGAAGGGGGCUAAGACUGUCCUGAGGUGACUUUGGGUGAUGGAGUGGAUUUUUGCUCUGGUGUUAGUGUAAGAAAACCAUGUUUUGUCAGCCCAGGAGAGGCGGCAGGUCUCAGGCCUGGGUGCAGGUUGCCACCCCUCGCUGCCCGUGUCUGCAGAGCCAGGCUAAGCCUGUGGGAGGACGAGAGCUGACGGGCAGUUAGAUGUGUGGUAGGCGGGUAAGGGUUUGUUGCGUUUCCAAAUUCCGGGGGGCGAGAUUGCUGCGUUCCUGGGGGUCCCUGCCGGUCCCUGCUGGUCCGUGCCCAGCUUGUUCUGGCUGGCUGCAGACUUUCAGUGUAGAGAUUAUACUGCCUUCUUUUUGGCCUUUUUUUUUUUUUUUUUUUUUAAUUAAAAAGAACAAAAGCGAGCUGAAAACAAGAACUUUACCAGUGGGCAGGCAACAAUUCUGCUCUGGAAAAGGGAAGUCUUACGGCUCUUUUCCCAAGUUGGCCUUCAAAGAGUCUGGCUGCAAUUGAACCAGGAGAUGUUUCUUGUACUGGCUUGGGUGGGGGUUAUCUCUGGAACUUCCUCGGGUGCUCAGGAGGCCCGAAGCCAUGGUGGUGGAUAGAGGCGCAGCUUUCUGCAUCUCUGCCCAUAGGUCUGUGCCCAUGGGUGACCGGGGCCCCCUCCCGCUACUCCCCCUGCCCCCGACCCCGUCCCAAGCACAGUCUGUGGGCCUUGAUAUCUCACUCUUGUAUAUGAACAAAUGAGGAGGCUGUGGGACCUGAGGAAGGGCACCCCCGGAGCCUGGCUCUCACACAGUAUUUUCUCUUGAUUCUGAGUAAGCUUUUUGUUUUGUUUUGUUUUUAACUGCUUGGAGAAACAUGCCUCGGUUAUCUGUGGUUUCCAUGCCCUUCCCCUCCCCUCUUCCAUGUGAGCGGGAUCACUAAUCAUUGUGGCCUUUGUGAAGAGUUUCAGUGGCCCAGGAGGGGGUGAAGGCAGCAGCCAGGAAGGACCACGGGAUCCUUAUUACUGCAGUUUGGCUUCAGAUAACCAGUUGAGCUUUGAUAGGAAUAAUCUGAAUGGAAAAGCAAACAGCCAAAAUUAACAUUCCCUGUCCAGCCCUGUUCAUAUGAAGAGUUUGGUUCUUCCCUCACUCUUGAAUGAUGACAUUCAGACUAGGCAUUGACGUUAUGAUAAGAAAGGGAAAAAAAUACAUAUGUAUACAAAAAUAGACAAAUCCAAGGCUGCGAGGUGAACGAGUGUCUGCGUUUGGAGUCCACAAAACCAAAAUCUGUGUUGAACAAAGUGAAGUCUGUAUACAAUGACUCUUUGGGUAACCUGUGUGUGUCUGUCCGUCGUGUGUGAGCCCCCAGCCCUGUUUUCCUGUGAACAUACUUUGAAUGGCAGCCAUUCUGCUCUCAUUGAUCACAGGUUUGGAGCACCUAUGGCCCUCUCAAGGUAAUUUAUUUUACGCAUUUACUGUUUACUGAACAAAUGUCUGACUGUGUACUUGGGUGUAUUCAGCAGCAUUGUCGACGGCAGUCCCCGUGUUUGCCAGGGACACUGUCCUCGAAGUAGAGGUUUUACUCUACCCAUCACUGCAAUUUGCACAUUGCUCCGUGGACACUCGGAGGCCUGUGUUCUGUUCCCUGUAAAUGGAAAUGUGCUCUGAACCUGACUGCCUCCCUCAGCUGCUCCUGGCCCUCGGUAUCAGCCCCCUAGGGGGGUGUUCACAACCACUCGGGACAGAAACUGAAGGUGGAACUUCACACAGAAGGUUAUUUGGAUCUUCAGGGACAAGCUUGGACUAGCUGUGGCCCAGACGUCAGCCCUGCCCAGAAUUGCCAGGAGGGUUUGGCAGGCACCACGGGCUCACCUCACUCUGCUGCGGUCCAGCGCAGGCAAGCCAGCUGGUGUGUGGCGAGAGAGGGCGGGAGUGUGUCCACAGCCCUCAGAUGCCUUUCCUUCCACCAUCCAAAAAAAAAAAAAAAAAAAAAAAAAAAAAAUUCCCAAGCAACUCACUGAGGUGUCUCCAAGGAGAUCAAGUUUUACCAGAAUGAAUCCUCCUUCAGUGAACUGACCAGAUGGAAGAAUUCUGGCCCUCUUCCUGGUCCCUUCCCCAGCUAGAGUGGGGAACUGGUCUCAGUGUUAGGGUUCACCACAGCAUCCUGCCUAAAGGCAGGAGGAGAGGUGGAUGGACACUGGGGGCUGGGCUUGACUGCAGGAGUCCCAGUCUGUCCCCUGCUCCCGGAGGCUCCCUGGAGCACAGACAGGUGGAUAUGGGGAGUGGAAGGACUCGUUGCGGGGCCAGGGGGGUUUGGUUGAGCCUGGUUUCCCGGGUGAGUUGAGAAGGAAGGUCUUUGUUGAGGGUUUGGUGCUAGUCAGAUUUGCAAAUGCUAACACAUUCCUAUGUGAGGCACAUCACCAUUUGUCAGUUAUUGUGAAUAUGUGUAUUUUAAGCAAUAAGAUUCAGCUGGUUAGACCUUUCUGGGCAGUCUCGGUGACGCAUUUCCUGCGCUGUUAUUGUUCUGAAGACAGAGUGGCUCUAACCACUGUGAGAAGCCCAAAUAAAAUCAAUCCCCAAAA